AGCACACACAGCUUAGUUUACGUGUUACUUACUGCACUCGGCUUCCUCAUUCUGCAGUCAGGGGAAUCACUUCUACGUGGGACAACUUCUGUCUGACUCUUGUCUGUUGACUUUGGAAGGAUGAUGGCGUGUAGUGUUGAGUUUCAGGGCCGUUCCCAGACCCACCAGCCGAUUUUACACAGGAACUGAUUCCAUCCACAAUGGGCACCAGGAGGUUUUAUCACCUACUGCUGUUGUCGCUGUUUGUUUCCUUCCAGAGAGGAACGUCUCAGGUGGCUGAGUGGACUCAAGAGGUGGAAGGUAGUGGUAAGACCCGUAACGGCAGCAAAACAUUAUCUCUCAGUCAUUUUCUGGUGUCUAAGACAUGGGACAGGGCUUGUUGCAUUGUGGGAACCGGUUUUAUGGAUCCCUAUGUAAAAACAAGAAAAACCUUUGGACCUUUUUGUUUUUUGUAGUGAUUGUAUUAAUGUUUGUCCAGUUCUACUGUAUGAAGCUAAUGUAUUUAUUUAUGUAUUUUCUAACUGUAGGUGAGACAGAAUGGAUUCCCCAACCAGAUUACAUAGAUGACACAUAUUGGUCCGGGUCAGCGCCUCUUUGUUUAGGAGGCUGUAAAUCGAGGCACCAGGAGCUGAGGAGAGAUCGAUGUGGAGACUCAAGCUGCUGCUGGCUCGGCUACAAGUCCCUGUGCAGGAUGAACUGUGGGCGUCCAGAUGUGGACUAUAAUGGCAUAGUGUACGGUAACGACUGGUGGGUGGGCUCCAUGGUGAGGUACGCCUGUCACCCCGGCUUCAUGCUGGUGGGAAAUCCGUCUAGAUAUUGCCAGCCCAAUGGCCUCUGGACGCCGAAACCCACCUGCCUCCGAAUGUGUCUGCGGGGAAUCGUUGAAGUAAGUGAGCGGGAACUAAACGGGACUUGCAACUCCACCUGUGCACACAAGAGCUACUUCGGCCCACCCAAGCAAGGCUGCUCCCGCAUGGACAACUGCAAGAAGAAGGAGACCGGCUGGAAGCGGUUCUUCGCACAGUGCGUCCCCUGCAUUUGUGACUGUGCUCUGGCAUGUGCAUCUGCAGGCUAGACCAUGAAGAAACCCUGUGUUGACCGUACAGUGAGACAUCAGGUGGAGAACAAAUACACAGACACACCAUGUUUAGCUGUUUCAUCAAGCCGAAUAGAUGUGGAUGAAUCAGUGCACCAAAAAACCUGGAUCUUUAAUCUUCCUGGCACACUGAAGUCAGCCAUUUCUCCUUGGUUUCCUUAUACAGGAUUUAACACUAUGACCAGAAGAUUGGUUGAAUACAUGUAUUGUAAGUCACUUCGGACAAAAGUGAGGUGAAUCUAAUUCAUUUUAUUUCAGGAGGUUGAGUCAAACUUGGGUCAAACAAUUAUUUCAAAUCAUUAAAAUAUUAGUAAUAAAAAUAGCACCUGAAGUGCCAUGUGGUUAAGUCUAUUAUUAAUAAAGAAAUAUAUCAUUUUGGGAAAGCAAGUAAAGUAUUGUUCACAGACAGGAUUUGGUCGUUUAAAUAGUAUUCUCUGAUUGGCUGAAUUACUAUUUUAUAAAUAUUACGAUGUCAUGUCGCAAAUGUACCUUCUUGGGAGUAUUGAACAUACUUUAUUCAACAUCUGUCUGUAAUCAUGCUUGAAAGGUAGAAAUGAAGGCAAAGACGGGGAGAGGAGGAGUGAAACAACAGAGAUUAGUGUCUGCUCCUCCUCUCAGUCCAUCUGUCCUGCGACGAGCUGAAACCUUAAUCUUGUUAUGAAGGGAGGAGCUGUGGUCGGGGGUUAGAGUCAACACGAAGACUGUUGUAGGACUUCUAAGCUAAAAGAAAACUAGUCCUAUAGCUACCUAGUAUACUAUUUAUAUGUCUUAAUGUUUACGUUAAGUAUUGUGUGGGGAAAGUGCAAAGAAUAUUCAUUUUUGUUGUAAAGUCUAUAGUCCUAUUGUUAUUUUUAUAUUGGUUUAUGGUGAUGGUAUAAUGCAAAUUGUUGUGUGUUGAAUUUGAGAGGAAUACAAGGACAAAAAAGGAUGUUGGACUAUUUUAAGUCGACCCACAGAGGAAGAUUUCUAGAAAGGUUUAAAAGCAUCCACACACAACAAACCAAUUAAUUUAAUAAGAUUUUCAGGCACAGAAAACUUUGGUUUCUCCUAAUUAAUUUGGUUUGUUAUUUUUUGGCAUCCAGCUCUUUCUUGAUUUCUCUUUCCACAAAAAGACAGUUUACAUACUGUAAGAUGAAAAAAAUGUACCAUUAAUUCAACAGUUAGGGAGUUAGUAUAACAUCAUCACAUAUGCCUCUCACCUCCCACUGUUACUCAGCCUCCAGAAGAAAGGCUGAGUAGCAGAGGGAGCUGGACACUAGUUUGUGACCUGUCACAUUCCUUAAUAUUUAUAUUUGUAGUACAUUUGGGAUGACAAUGUUACAAAAAAUUACCUAUAAUUUUCCGCCUCUGUCACUUUUUCGUUAUUUGCUCAUAUGUUUGAUUUGUUCCAAACUUAUCUGGUGAAGUCUGCAACACAAAAAGCUCAAACUCACUUUCCAUGCAUUUGAUAGGUGACAUUGCUCCUGAAAACCACCAGAUGUAGCUAUUUUAUUCAUUUUCGCAUAAAGAGCAGGUCACAACAUUGACACCACAUAGCAUUUUACAGGAAUCUGACAACAGAGACAGUCAUAAAUAGAAAAGAAAUUCUUCCACAUCUGACUCCGCAGCCCUUCUGUUAAAUGUGUUGGGGCCAGAUGCUCAACCUCAGGAUGAUGUGUUCAUUUGCCGUAGGUUUGUAGCAGCCAAUUCCUGUGAAAAGGGACAUAAACAAAGUAUUGAUCA